AUGUCUGGUUACGUCGAAGGCGCUGUUGUGAAGCUUAGCCAGCCAGCAAAUGGCAUUUAUUACGCCACACAGAUAUCUGAUGCGGAAGCUGUUGCAUCUUCUCUUAAAGCUGUAUCCCUACAGCCUGAAGUCCGUAUUAACUUCGGACCAGUCAGCUUUUUUGGAGUUCUCACAGUCUCUGGCUACGUUGAUACGAGCACAUACGAAGCCUCCGUGUCAGUCUCUGUACUCGGAAUUAGCCUCGGCACUCUGACCGGAAGCCUCAAGACUGGUAUCUCAGUUCAGGUUAACCUAAUUGCUGUUAAAGGCGAAAUACGCUUUUACCUGAAGAAUACCAAUGAACUCUGGGUGCACUUUGAUCUCAGCGUGAUUUUUGAUGGGACAUACACGGAUGAUGUUAAGAUAAUCACUCUGUAG